AUAGUGCACACUGCACAGUAGAUGUAGCGGUAUGUCCAUGCAUGAUGCACAAUAUUCAAGUAAUCUUUCAUAUUACGAGUGGACAUGCAAUCAUCCGUGAUAUCGGCUACUUUUUUAUCCUAAUUGUGUUUAAACGUUGCCUGCACUUUAUUUGUGACGUAAAUAAGUGUGCAAUGGGCUCGUGAAUGUUCGAAUUGAACCACGCAAUUUCUAAGAAUAUUUAUAUCAACAAUGGCUGGAACCACUUUACCCGAAAGGGUUGCACAGAUAUAUUAUACGUAUGGUCUCUUCUGUUCAUCAUACCCCUUUGUGGCAAUAACGUUUGCACUCUCUGUUAUCCUAGUAUGUUGCUAUCCACUAUUAAAUGUCCCUCUACCAGGAAAUAUUCCAACUGUUGUAAAUCUGAAUCUAAAUGAACAUCAUGUAGCAACUGACUGCAGUGCCAAGAACUGUCCCACAGGUUCCUCAUUCCAAUUAGAGUUAUUACAUAAUGAAACACAGAAACUUCCCUAUGUUUGGGUAAAAGACAAACCACUGCUAUACAUUCAUCAAAUCAUAAUGAGAAUAGGAGUGUCACCUUGGAACAAUAAUCUGAAAAUGUGGGAUGCAUUCCGAGCACCUCUGCAAGAAGUAUUUCGAUUACUGGAAACUGUUCGCAAUCAUGAAGAUCCUGAAACAAAGGAAACACUAUUGCAGCACUGUUACCAAAUCGAGGGGAUUAAGCGACGGGACAGCAAAGCGAGCAUCGAACGCGUCCUACCGGAGUAUAGCUGUCUCCUUCUAUCUCCAGCAAAUCUCUGGCAACAAAGUCUACAAUCUUUCUCUCUGGACGCUAACAUUGUUAAUACAAUUUACGCAUAUCAGAAUCUUCAAAAAGGCAAAGCAUCCAUAGCGGAAAUGGCGUUCGGCAUGCACCUGCGUGACGCGGGCAUUAAGCGGUAUCCGCUGCGUGUCCGCCCGCGAGUGUUACAAUAUGCCGUCACAAUAUUCUACCAGCACGUCGACCAACGAUAUAUCGAUUCGCUCUCUAAGAAACUGAAGGAAAUGUAUCCUCUAUACCAAGACACGCCCCAAUCCCACCCCGAAGAGAUGACUCUCGUGUACUACCCGGGACAGUUUAAUUACCACGAACUGGUACCUCUGAUGAUUACCUUCGUGGGUAUUUUUCUGUACGUAUACUUCUCGGUGCGAAAAAUUGAAUUUAUAAAAUCAAAGUUUGGUCUCGCCGCCUGUGCUGUGCUCACGAUUGCUGGAAGCCUAUCAAUGUCGAUGGGAAUAUGUUUCUAUUUUGGAUUUUCACUGAGCUUACAAGGAAAAGAAAUAUUCCCUUAUUUAGUGAUAAUUGUCGGGCUAGAAAACGUGCUAGUGCUCACGAAAAGCGUAACAUCGACGGAUUCCAGGCUCGACGUUAAGAUUCGACUCGCUCAAGGCUUAAGCAAAGAAGGUUGGUCGAUCACAAAAAAUCUUUUAACAGAGAUAACAAUUUUGACGGUCAGUUUCUUUACAUUUGUCCCGUUUAUUCAGGAGUUUUCAAUAUUCAUGAUCGUCAGUCUCAUUUCGGACUAUUUCAUACAAAUGGUAUUCUUUGCAACGAUACUCGGUAUCGACGUGAGGCGGAUGGAAUUUUAUCCCGAACAGAAUUCAAAGUUACAUUUAAAAGAGUAUUUCAGUGCGAAUAACGCUCUGAAUUGGCGAUUUAAUAAGAUCUAUACGGAGGAAAAUCAUUUUUCACCGCAAAGAAUGACCAAAUCAAAAUCCCACCCUAGACUUAAUGGCUUAGCACAAAACAGUCCAACAGAUGUGGUGGCUAAAAGGAACUCAAGUUCGAGCGUUCAAGACAACAGAGUACCAAAAAGGAUAAGACUCGUCAACAUGUGGGCAAGGACGAGAUUUUUCCAGAGAGCAUUCAUGGUUUGGAUGCUGGUGUGGAUAUCGAUGAUAGUGUACAAUUCUGGAAUCGUCGACUACUUUAUAACUACUGUGGAGAAACCAAAUGGCAGUGCAGAGUAUCAGAAACAGUUGAACGAAAGGAACGAAACGAACAAGGAAAUGUAUAUGAUGUAUAAUGGCAGUGGCCGGCAUCCCUUGGUCUUUUCACCUUUGUUAGAAUCUACAGAGUCAGAUAAAGGAGCAACGGACGCGAAUGACACGAUUUUAUUGAAGCAUUCGUCUCAUUACUGGGCUUUGUCCAGAUUGUCACCGUACCAUUGGUCCGCGAUUCUGUCGCAGUACAAUGAGUCAGUGGCGGGCAGGUACGUGGUGGUCUUACCGCCGGUUCUGGUAAGUCAUCGCGUCGGACCAGAACUAGCAGCGGGGUUGCGUCACCCGGACGAGCGAGACCCGCCCCCUCUCCGCUGGCAGGCAUUAGCAGCUGCUCUCGAUCCCAUUGAAAUAUUACCUGAAUUUGACGUCAUCGACGGUAAAAGCCCGGGCCAUCAAUGGGGAAAAGGGAAUGAUCUGCCGAUAUACCCGACAACUCCCAUGGAAAUUCUUCUAGUAGCAAUCCUUUGUAUAAUAAGUGUUACUGUUAUUGCAUACAUGAUGGUAGGGCUUUACAGAUGCGUCUGUUCGAGGCACUAUGCAGAAUGGCGUGCUUCAUGGAGCGAAGAUGACGAAUAUAAAAAGAUCAUCGCCAAGCAACCCGCUGUUCAGUUGGUAAUGGAAGCUGUACCGCUAGUAGUCGCCGGUCACAGUCAAGAAGUAGAAUGUGUUGUGACUGACGGCGAAAAAGUGGUCAGCUCGUGUCUACAAGGCAACAUCAAAGUGUGGGAUUCGUUAAAUGGUGAAUUAAUAUCGAAUAUAGAUCGUUACUCUUACUUCAAAUUUCAAACGGAACUUUUUGAAAAAGUUCAUUCGAAACAAAACAGCACCGAUGAUCAAGAAAUUACAAUAGAAUCGUGUCAGUCUUCUGAUGCAGCAAUUCUACAAACAAAUGAAAAUGUUCCUCGACUUAGACGGGGCUUAAGCAGUCACCUGAGUGGAUUGACAUUCCGAGCUAAUCACGCUGACAACUCCUACCCGUCUGCAGCCGAAAACACAAAAUACGAGUUUGCCAAAGCCUACAGAGACCUCUAUUACACUGAACAGAGCGACAUUUAUGAACUAAACGAGAAAACAAAUUCCGAAGUAAAUAAUUCAUGUAUAAACAAACAAGACUUAAAUGCAGCUUUUAAAGACAGUGAUGUUAGUGAUGAAAGUGUUUUUAUUUUCGAUAGAAGUGAUGACUCUAUCAAUAGUUUAAGGAAUAGAGGCGGUAGUAAAAUUAACGCUAGGACUUGUAGUGAUGCCGAAAACGCGCCAAGUUCAAGUUGGAGGGGUAGGGCGAUGCGGGAGUCGCCCGUGUGGUGUAUGGACUUUUGCAAUGACCUCGUUAUCUUGGGGUGCGCUGAUGGGAGGUUGGAGUUCUGGGAAGCUAGUACUAGUAAAUUAUUGAAUGUGUGGUGGUUUAACGAAUGGCGCUCGGGAGGGAAAGGGGUGACACACGUACGCGCCCUGUCGGGAGCGAGACGUGUGUGUGCUGCCUCACUCUCGGGCCACCUCACACUAUUGCGUCUCGACGCAUAUAACGCACAGUCCGGCGCACACGUUGACUGGCGAUUCAGCACAGCACAUAGGAGAACACACCAGCGGUUGGACGACGAGCAUAAAGACCGCAUGAGCUUCUCUUACGACGCAGACCACGCUGAAAAUGAUGAAAUUGUGUGCGUCCGAAUCGCACAAUCUAGACCACACCAGCAACCAAUCACAGAGCUGCAUUCCGAGGGCGGUCGUAUCCUCACCGGUGGUCAGGACCAUGUACUCAAGGUAUUUUCAAGUUCUGAGUUGACUCCGCUAUUGACGCUGCACGGUCAUUGCGGACCUAUAACCAGCUGCUUCAUCGACCAUGCCACGCCCACCAUCGCGGGCAGUGGCUCGCAGGACGGACUGCUUUGCGUGUGGGAUUUACACACGGGGGCGUGCGUGUAUAGCAUGCAAGCGCACGACGGCGCUGUGACGUCACUUGCGUACACUGCAUCAUACGUCGUCUCUGCGGGAGCCGACGAGCGCCUCUGUAUCUGGGACCGAUUCCAAGGACAUAUGCUUAAUUCAAUACACAUCGGUCUAAACUAUAUGAGUCGAAUGCUGCCUUUAACCCAUACUUUGCUAGUGAUGGGCGACCGUAGCGGCCUCACCGCUUACGACCUGAGCAGUGGUGACGUCAUAAGAAGAGUGUUAUUCGGUCAGAGUGACGGGUGUAUCUUUGUACGGCAGAUACUGCCGCUUAAGGACGCGAUAGUGUGUGACUACGCAAACCAGCUGCGCAUCGUCCAGUUCCCGCUCGUGUCUAAACUAGACAUGAAAAAUGAAUAACCCUAGGCUAUCGACAUCGGUCGAUUUCGCUUGUAUUCCUCUUAGGAAAAUCGCAACAGUAGACUUACUAAGUGUCUUAAAUAUAUAUCGACAUAUAAUUGUUAUAUAUGUAACUUACACCGAGUGUAAAGUGAAGAGUUGAAACAGUAGUUAUAUUUCUUAGUAAGAUGAUUUUUAUAUGUAUACUACUUGUGUAGUAGUCGUUUUAUGGACAUUCGACUUUUAGUCAAAUAAGACAAAGUGAAGUUAUUUGUCUAAAGUUCCAUGUAUAUACUUGAAUGUUCACUGCUUGUUAUAAAAUUGUGCCUUUCUAUAGGUUUGGGUGACACAAACGCCGUACAAAUAUUAUAACUGUGCCCUUCGGAAAUCAGACUUAAAGAUCAGUGUUAAAAUUUUAAACUUUUUAUAGAAUUACGUUAUCAAAUCAGCGAUAAUUUGUAAGUUAAAACCGAUAUUUAUAGAAAUUCAAACAGUAAAAAUCUUCCAAUUCAAAAUACAUUAAUUUUAUACCAGAUAUAAGAUAGAUACAGUGCGAUCCAGAGCAAUUUCAGCCGCUUUAUUUUUAGACUUGUCAAGAUAAUGGAAUUUAAACUAUUAUCGUGAUAAGCGUGGUUUUUAUUUUCUUAUGUAUUCAAUAUAAAAGGUAAAGUGCAAUAAAUUUAUAAAAAAAAAAAACAGAAUAUCUACUGAAAAAUUAGAAAUAUUCAAGCAGAACAGUUAUAACUGUAAUGUUUUACUGAGAUCGUACGUAUUUUGCCUUAUUUACUAUAAGCGAAUAUUUUUCUUUGUGGUGCGAUAUCAGAACGGCACUGUUAAAAUAUUAGUGUUGUAAAUCUGUAGAAAUAAAUAGAUUCUCCUCCUAUACAUACUAUUUGUAUUAUGAUAUGAAAUUAACAUAAAACUAAAGUGUUUUUAUAAUCCAACACUGAUCUCCAAACAAAUAGACUCCAUGGUCCAGCGGUUAAGAAAAACAAAAUCCAAAGAAUAAAUCUCAUACUUGUCUGAUCAGGUGGAGACGUUCAACGACGUACUGAGUUGUGAGAAAAACACUCGAGUAAAUUUAGAAAUGACGAUUGCGUAUAAUGUAACCAUUAUAAAGUAUUAUUUAUAAUAGGAAAACAGGAUUUUAUUAAUUUUUUUCAAUCAAUUGUAAAAACGAAAUCAUAAGCAAAUUUCGUAAUCUUUGCUAGAAGCUGCGUAACGUGUAAAAAGUAACUGUCGAUCGAAGCUACUUAAGCUGAUCAUCAUUGCAAUAUUUCAAACAUUUUUUUUUAAUUUUUAAGUUCAUUUAAUGUAUAGUUUCUCAAACUGUGUACGUGCGAAUAUUGUGUCAUUUCGUUUCAUCAAUAAUCUCUUUCUAACUCAUUACAUUUUAUUUUACAUAUUGUACUACAAAUAUUUUGCAACUUUUUAUUGGUAGCCGCAGAAAAUGAUGUGUUAUAUACGUCAAUUUAUUGGGAGGUCAGUGCAAUCCAAUGUAAUAUUUUAUAACUAUUAAUUUUCUUACGAACCUAUAAUUUAAUGUAGAUCUUAUUCUCGAAAAGAAACCCCAUAAGGUGUGCGUCUUUGUUCCUUCGAUUAGAAGUCUUUGUUAAGUAAUAGGUAAAGAAUCUACGUAGUUUAAAAUAAUAAGUUUUAAUUUAAAGUUACCUGUUAUCAAAAAAGCCUAAUCAUAGUCUUGCCGUGGCGCUAAUGGCGGACUUCAAAAAAAUAAAUCACGCGGGACUUUUUGCAAUUUAUAUUCACCGAAACGAACGGUAUGUUCUAAAUUAUAAUUAUUAUAUUGAUUUUACUUAUCGUGAGUGUCAAAACAAAAAUAAAAUAUUUUGUUUUUUCCUAAAAAAUAUU